UUUGACUCUCAGUCGCAUGGGAAGAGAAGACUAAACCUGUGCUUGGGGAUUUAGAUUUGAUUUUAGCAUUAGCCAACGUGAACUAAAAAAAAAAAAAAAAAAUCUUAUGAAAAACAAAGGGAGAUUAUCACUCUAAAGAAGCUUCAUCUGACGUAUCUUGCAACAGGCCCUGUCCCGGUGUGUUUGAGAAACAGCAACAUGACUGAAGUGAUGAGCAUGGCGGAUGUGUCAACAGACAUGACGCAUAUAAACAACACGGAAAACUUGAACGAUAUUGCUGAUGCUAAUGAUACAGAGAACACAAUCAAUGAUGAAAACCAUAAAGAGGAAACACAUGACAUGAGUUGCAUGACUGAAGAGGUGGAAAUGAACAGUGCUGCAGACGAACCAAAGGAGACCGAGUUACCAGAGAAGGAAGAGCCCAAACAGGAGACAAAGACCACCAGCAGGGCGAGAAAACGAGAGAGGGUUCCAAAAUCGAAUGAGGAAAACGUGGAGAAUGACGAAGAGGCCGAUGCAUCACAUAAUACAGAUAUGACAAAUUUUUCAGAUGUGGCACUAAAACAAGAGAAACUGCUUAAAACAUCUAAGCCUGUACAGAGAAGUUAUGUUCCCAAGGUGGGGAAAGAAGAUGUGAAGAAUAAGUUUGAGGCCAUGCAGAAAGCUAGAGAAGAGAGAAACCAAAAGAGAAGUCAGGAAGAGCAAAAGAAACGCAGAGAUCAGUACGUUAAAGAGAGAGAGUACAGUCGCAGGAAGCAAAUGAUAAAAGAACUCCUCGCCUCUAGCGAUGAAGAGGAAGAGGUGAAGCCGACGAAGAUAGAAAAAUCAUAUGUUCCCAAGAUUACAGGCAGUGUGAAGGGGAAGUUUGCAGAGAUGGAGAAACAGAGGCAGGAGGUGGAGAGGAAAAGAACAGAUGAGGAGAGAAAGAAGCGAGCUGCACAGGAGGCCAUAGAGAAGGCCAAGAUUCAGAAGGAGCUGGCCAAGAAAGCUGAGGAGGAAGGUGAUGACAGUAUUUUGGUUCGAGUAGUGCCUGCAAAAUCACAGAAACAACCAGGAAGGAUCAAGGUCAAUUUUGAGGACAUGGAGAAGAGCCGAGAAGAGGAACUAAAGAAGCGAACUGAGGAGGAGAAGAAGAAGAGAUACGAUGAGAACCGGCAGUCCUUCCGAGAGGCCAAGCGUCGCUCUAUGGUUGAACAGUUGGACGAUGAAGAGUUUCAUCCCAAAGAGAAGGAGCAGAUGACCCCUGGUAAACUGCGUCUGACCUUUGAAGAACAGGAGAAAGAGCGACAGGAGCAGCAGAGAAAACAGGCAGAGGACGAAGCCCGACGCAGACUGGAGGAAGAAAAAAAAGCAUUUGAAGAGGCCAAGCUGGGAAUGGCCCUGGAUGACGAGAACACUGAGGAUACACAAGGAGAGAAGGAAGAAUUCAGACCUGGUAAACUUCGCCUCAGCUUUGAAGAGCUGGAAAGACAGAGACUGGAAGAGGAACAUAAGCGAGUGGAGGAAGAAAGGAAAAGACGCAUCAAAGAAGAGAGAGAGGCCUUUGCCGAGGCCAGAAAGAGCAUGGUUGUAAAUAGUGACGAUGACAUCCUUCUGGCCAUGAUAAACUCAGACGGGGCCAAACCCGGGAAGCUGGCCAUCAGCUUUGAGGAUCUGGAAAGACAAAGACAAGAAGAGGAGCAGAAAAAGAAAGAAGAGGAGGCCAAGCGACGCCUGGAAGAGGAGAAAAAACUUUUCGCAGAAGCUCGCAAGAACAUGAGCCCUGGACUGGAUCACGAUAAUUUGACUGGAUAUGGAGUUAAAGAAGUGCAGGAUGAUGAUGGAACUCUGGUGCGGACAGAGUCGCAGGAAGCAAUGCACCCAGGGAAACUAGAAAUCAACUUUGAGGAGAUGCUGAAAAUGAAAGAGGAGGCAGAGCGGAAGCGCAAGGCGGAGGCCAGACGCCAGAAGAUGGAGAUGGAGAAGAAAGAGUUUGAACAGUUGCGACAAGAGAUGAGCGAGGAUGAGAUCAAUGAAAGCUCGGAGGUGGUGAGCACUGAGUACGAGGAGCUAACAAAGCUGAAGCGGACUGGCUCCAUCCGCGCCAAAAGCCUGAAAUCCAAGUUCGAGAAGAUCAAGCAGCUCACAGAGGAGGAGAUCCAGAAGAAGAUCGAGGAGGAACGUGCAAGAAGGAAAGAAAUUGACGAGAAAAUCAAGGAGAGAGAGGCAGAGCGCUGUCAGGAGGAUGAAGAUGAGGACAAAACAACUCCAAUUAAACCAGAAGACGUCCCGUUCAGACAGAAAGUGGACAUGCGAGCACGGUUCGAGCAAAUGGCAAAGACCAGAGAAGAGGAGCAGAAGAAGAAGAUCGAAGAGCAGAAAUUGCAAAGGAUGCAGUUUGAACAACAGGAAAUUGACGCUGCUCUCCAAAAAAAAAGGGAAGAAGAGGAGGAGGAAGAGGGUAGCAUCAUUAACGGCUCCGCCGCCUACGAGGAUGAAGAGGACCAUGCCAGGUCAGGCGCUCCGUGGUUUAAAAAGCCCCUGAAGAACCAGUCGGUGGUUGACGCAGAGCCUGUGCGGUUCACAGUGAAGAUCACGGGAGAACCCAAACCAGAGGUCACCUGGUGGUUUGAGGGUGAGCUGCUGCCGGACUCUGAAGACUAUCAAUACAUCGAGAGAGGCGAAACCUACUGCCUGUACCUGCCGGAAACGUUCCCCGAGGACGAAGGAGAGUACAUGUGCAAAGCCGUCAACAGCCGAGGCACUGCCGCCAGCACCUGCAUUCUCACGAUUGAAACUGAGGACUACUGAUGCUCUCCUUCUCUGGAACUUUCCCAGACUUUUCUUUUUUUCUUUUAUAAAAGUUCAUUUCUCACGGUAGGGCCAAAAACCGAGGAGGAAGGAGUGGUAUUAUUUUUUUUUUCCAUUCCUCCUGAAGAUAUGCUCAAUGAUGAAGUGCAAUCUGUUGUUUACAUUAGAUGCUGCACUCACAGUUAACAAAACAAAAAACUCCAUAUCUGGGAUGAAUUUGUGCCAAAACACAGAUACUGUUCCCAUGAUCUUCUAGAAUAAAUACAUAGCGUAGCUGAAAAAGAAAUCUAGUUAAUUAAAUAUAUUUUAGUUCAACAUAUACCCACUAUAUGACUCUGAGGAAGGAUUUCAUACCCAUGUCACCGAAUGAAUGAGACGUUACUUGAGAGUUUGAUUCAGUAUCUGUAAAGGGGACAGUGGUUGCAUUUUCUUUGUUAAAUUCCUGUAAGUACCUCUGUUCAGGCUCAGAUGUUUUUUUCCACUUUUUCCCAUGUUCUCAUGGAGCUUUCAUAACCCCAGAUGUUUCUAUGUUAAAGUGUAGUGAGUAAAUGAAAUGUAUAAACAGUGUAUGUAGGUUAGCAAGAGGUGAUUUUAAGUUUUAGGCAGAGUAUUUGUGUAAUGUAUAAAAUUAUAAUAAAAUUAAUGAAACGUG